ACGAGCAGAGAGCGAAGCACAGAGCAGCAGCCAGUGAAGAAGAGCAGCGCACAGGACAGAGAGACGAAGAAGAACCGGAGGGAGGACUCGGUGUUGGAUGUAAACGUUUUGCGGGUGUUGGUGCGGGGAAUGCGCGGCUCCUCCUCAGCUGCUCUCCAACUUUGUGAAUCUCUGCUCUGAUGCUGAGAGGAGGACGCAGAUGAUGGGAGUAACCUGGUCCUCCAGAUGCCUGGCUCUGUGUCUAGCUCUGCACAUAGUGUCCGUGCUGCAGACGGUGCUGGUCAGCGCUGGCCAGUGUGACUUGGUGUUCAAAGGGUUCUCCGAGUGUCUGCUGAAGCUGGGGGAGAACAUGGCCAACUACCCCCAGGACAUGGACGACAGGGAGAACCUCCACACCAUCUGCACUUACUGGGAUAACUUCCACUCCUGUGCCACGUCAGCGCUGGCCGACUGCCAGGAGGGAGCCACGGACCUCUGGGAGAAGCUGAAAAAGGAGUCCCGCAACCUGGAUUUCCGUGGGAGCUUGUUUGAACUGUGUGGCGGCAGCAACGGAGCCCCCCAGUCUGCCGACGCCGGAGCCCUCGCCUUGGUCCUCAGCUCGCUGCCCACCUUACUGACUUGGCUGGCGUUUUAACGGGAGCGAGGGAAACGUAAAACACGAGGCCAAAAGAGGAAAAAAGAAGAGCCCACAUGAAAAAGAAAACAGAAAACAGACCCUGUACUGAAAACACGGCUUCAAGGACUAAGCUUGAAUUCAUCACCAGAAAAAUGACCCAAAAUGGAUGUAACCACUGCUUCAACGUACGUCGGCCCGGUCGGACCCGGGCCGUCAUCCUGCGGUGCUCAUCACAUCACACGCCGAGCUGACCCCGAGGUCGAUAGCAUUAAAUAUUCAACAAGCCGUCGAGCUGAAAUGAUGACAAUGAUGAAAAUUUGAUGGAUUACAUCAAAUGCUUACAAUCGUGGAAUUACACAGUAUUAAAGUCAACCAUGAAUUAUUGAUGUUUAGAGGCCAGGCCCAGACAGUGUGUGACUGCUGACACGCCAUCAGGCCGUACAUGAGGCUUCAUACAGCCGGAGGCGGCGUGAGGCCCAGCUCCACUCCACCCAAUCAAUAACACGAGCUCAGGCCUCCAGCUCGUUUCAGACCCGUCGCCUCAUUUUCAUCACGGACUCUUUCUCCUUUUCUAUCGCACCAGGUGGACUCUGUAGAACCUGGUAGGUUCGGUGGCUGAAUGUUUGUGUUUUAACGGCUGUUUUCUUGUGCUCUGGCCACGGUCACAUUAAGCAAAGCAGCGGCUGUGGGAAGUCGCCCUGUCGACUCCGUCCACCGUCCAACCACGUAGUGACCUCGUUCUGAAAUCUGACUUUACUGCCAAAACUACAGAUCCACAUAUGGAACAAACAACAAGGAGACACAGUAAUUAGUUUUUCCUCAAAGGCACUGACAUUAACCAACACAUGUGUGACAUUUGACCCGAGCAACAGCGUCCGCGCUGCAAUACAAAUAUGAAGUUUGGUGGUUUAGCUUGUAGUGUGACUGUGGCCUUACGCUCUGAGGUGCAGGGAUGUAGUCCAGCGUACGAAGCCUGCUUUUCAUUUCACAACACUUUAGACCGAAGCUAACAGUGUCAGGUCAGCUAAUAGCUAGCUAACACUCCACAGAAGCUAAAGCUGGACCACACAGCUCCUACACGAACAGAAGGUUCAAGUUUAGCAGCUAGUUCAGUUCAGUGGUUACUUACUGCUAGCUAACCGCUUCAUUGGGCAGCUAACCCAGGUUACGUUACCUUAGCUACCACUCACACUUAACUUCAUGACCACAUCCCUGCUCAGCAGAACCGCGUCAGCAGCCGACAAGCCGACAGCAAUACGAAGACGUGACUUCAGGCCAGUGUAGCUUAGGAAAACCUUGGCUGAAGAGUGAAACGACUGUUGCCAUUAAGCACAAGCUCUGUUUUCAUAAGCCAGUGUUCGUACUAGACGACGUUAGGAGAUAUAUUUUAGUCUGUAUGUUAGAUUCAAAAGACAAGUCCCCCAGUCCAGUAGCAUUAAGGCCCAUGACAGCAGGAGGUGCUGAGCUGCCUUCUGACUAAAAGAGGUGUACUUCUGUUUGUUUGUUUGUUGGUUUGUCUUUGUUUAUGGGGAUGUUGCAUUACAAAAAAAAAGAGUUUUAAAAAAUGGACUUAUUCUAGAAAUCAUCUAACAAGAAAAAAUGUAUAUCAAGAGAAUUUUGAGUAAAUAAAAAAGCUCUAUUUAAGAGAACUAUCCCAGACGGUUUUAACAACAGAUUGAUACUUUGCAGAUUAUAGACCUAUAAAAAUAAAGAUGACUAAUAAUAAAGAGUAAUAAAUAAUGUUUGAAAUCC